AUAUAAGCCCCUUACAAGGGAGAAAAAAAUAAAGCCCAAAAACCCGUUGGGGAGAAAAAGGAUGAAGCACUUUGUUCUAGUUCAUGGCAUUUGCCAUGGCGCUUGGUGCUGGUACAAGGUUGUGGCACUCCUCAAAUCGGCUGGUCAUUCUGUCAGUCCUUUGGAUCUUGGUGCCAGUGGAAUCAACCCCAAGAAAAUAGGUGAGCUCACUUCCAUGUCUGACUAUGCGCAGCCAUUGAUGGAAUUCAUCGCCUCUUUGCCUCAAGAAGAGAAGGUGGUUUUAGUGGGUCAUAGUUUCGGUGGCAUAAGUAUUUCUUUAGCCAUGGAGAGGUAUCCACAGAAAAUAUUAGCCGGGGUUUAUCUCACAGCCUUCAUGCCAAAUCAUGAUUCUUCCCCAGGAACUCGUGUACAAGAGUUCUUCAACGGUGUCAUGGAAGAGUCCACUAUGGAUUUCCAGCUCUCAUUUGAUGACGGACCAGAAAAUCCCCCAACAGGUGCCUUGUUUGGGCCAAACUACAUGUUGGCAAAGGUUUACCAAUUAUCCCCAAAAGAGGAUAUCGAAUUGGCUAAAACGGUGUUGAGGCCUGGAAAGUGGUUCAUGAAAGACUUGUCAAAGGAAUCUCUGCUAACAAAAGACAAAUUUGGAUCAGUUAAUCGAGUUUAUAUUGUUUGCCAAGACGAUUUGCUGAUAAAAGAAAGGUUGCAGAAAUGGUACAUUGAACAUAACCCGACAGGCGAUGUGAAGGUCAUAGCUGGGGCUGACCAUAUGCCCAUGUUCUCCAAGCCCAACGAGGUCUUCAAAUGUCUCCAGGAAAUUGCUGAGAAAUAUAACUGAAAUUGUUGAAUCGACAUGAAGCGUUUCACUAUGCCAGUGUUUGGGUAAUUCACUUUCAUGAUAACCCACAAGCCAGCAUUGUAAUUGUAAUCUCUUAUUGGUAAUAUAUCAAUAAAGAAAUCAAAGGUUUUUA